UGAUAUGUGGGUGCGUAGUCCCAACAAUCAUCAACAUUGAUGAAGUGCGCUUAAGUGCUUGACAGCUAUCAAACUAAAAUUUAGGUGAAGAGCUGCUUACCCUCAGAGAAACAAUCUACAUGCCAUUCACCAAUCUCUUUCAAUAAUAACCAUCAUUUUUGGGUCUCUGUAAUGUGUUACUCUGUCUCCAUGAUCAUUCGGACAAGAGAAUGAAUCCAGCUACCAGUGAAUUCAAGAAUCUGGCUUUGCCACCUGGUGUAGAUGAGAUCCAACCCCUCCCAACCUUGUAUUUGGAGAGAGAUCCCUCCGAUGAAAUGUUUGAGAAAUUGCCUCUUCCAGAUUUCGGUACGGCUUAUCAUGGUUACCGUUUGGAAGUUGAAAAUUUUGAUGGAUUGCUUGCUAUUAUUCUUUACCAAUGGCAGUCUGCAGACAAAUGGUUUGAUACUUGGGUGAUGACUGAAUAUGGUGUAUCAUAUUGGGUCAAAAGAGGUAGUACUGGACGAUAUUCUGUCAACAUGAUGUCUCAUGUUUAUGGUCUGCUGUUAUUGGAAUCUGUUCUGCCCUGCUCACGUAUUCAUCAACCACUGCUAAAGUUUCGAAAUUCACUUGUUGUAGCUGGUGUUCAUUUUCCCAAAUUUAGUCCCUUAUUGAUGUUACUCUCUGUGCUUAUACCUGUUGAUAUGUUGUGUUAUUGCUUUCUCUUGCAAUCUUUUGAAAGACAUUUUAGCUCGUCUCUUUCAUCUUCUCCAUCUCUAUGCCUCUCUGUGAUGUCGUUUGAUACCACCACAACCCUCAUUUUUGACAUUGCGUAG